UCACGUCAAAUCACGCUUCGAAAUGGUUCGCAAGAAAUUAGAGUUUGAGGAGAGACCAAUAUGUAAUGCAGUUACUGUCUACAGAUCAAGAGGACACUACCUGCAGCGUCUGGAUUUAUUCGACAAAGCAAUACAAGCGUACAAUGAAGCUCUCCGCUGGAAUAAAGAUGACGUACAUUCGCUGCUCGGCCGCAGCGUGGCAAGAGCAAAGGCGACGUAUUACAGCGGUGCCAUAGCAGAUGCUAUUCGAGCUACCGAAAUCGAGCCUGACAAUGUAUCGGCCCUGCACAUCAGAGCUCAAACGGCGUAUGAAACAUGUGCCUUCGAGCGCUCCCUAGUCUUGUCUCACCGCGGACAGUUGAUGAGGAAACUGCCACCUAACUUCGCGGAGUGUGCCAGAAAUGCCGAGGAAACUAUUAGAGUAUGCACCGGCAAAAGUGCAGGGAAGGUGCUGCAGUCAGUUCAUCUUCUGCGUUCGGAAGCGUUUGAGGAGAUGACCAAUGACGAAUUUACGCCGAUCGUCAUUAAACAUCAAAGUAGAAUGACAACUCAGGCGGCACAUAAGGUCCAAGAUAUGUCACGCAUUGAACAGCAGAAGAAGCUUCAAAUGACCCGUCUGAUGGCUUCGAAGUAUUUAGAGAGGAUGGCCCACGACAAGUACUUCCUCACGAAACUGUGCAAGGAUGAGAGACUUGUGUCAGCCAACAAGAAGGGAUCCGAGAAGUUACAGGAGUUAGCUACUAAUGCGCUUACGGACGUAGAAAAUAGACAGGCUGUCCUACGAGAACGUCGGCCCAUGUACGCGACAUCUCCCGCCGAGAGCGCAGCGCGUGGUCGACUUCGUAAAGCCCGCAAGGAGCAGAAAGAAAAAGCGCGGCGUCAGAACGUGACAGACGCCACACGACUGCUCUCAGCCGCUGUUGCUAUGCAAGAACAACAUGAUACUAAUAAAUGUAGUAGGUAA